GGCAACACAUCGAUCAAAUGUGUAUUCUAUGUCCAUGUAUAUUGUAUAUUGUAACCACUACUCGUGCCCAGUUAGUCCAUCGUGAAAACAACUAGCAACUGGUCUAUCGACGGCAAGCGGCAAACGAUUCGCCUCGUGUGCGGUCAGUUGUCAAAACGUUUCCUAAGUCAUAGCAGCUCCGAGCUCAGCUCACAGAUGAGAAAAGUCGAGGAACGAAAUUCGCAUUGAUAUUUGAUACCGACGGGCACAUUAAUUUUUGGUAUUGUCUCGUCCGAGGUGCGGAUUUGACAUCGCCGUGCGAUUUGUGUGUGUGUGCUCAACCGGUGUGGUACUUUUUCCUUCGGCCGAAGAAGUUUACUUUCGUUCGGCAGUGUGUUCACUUUCAUUUUUCGAAGCGGCUACGGACGUGUUGUAUUCUGGAUAUUAUCUGAUCGCGCGCGUUCAGUCGCACGUUGAUGCGUACGCUAUACGCAUCGCGGUUUUGGUUAACCCACGUGAAAUUUUGUGAAAAUUUUGGUUUUGAUUUUUUUUUUACUAUUGACUGUUUUUGGAUUUUAUACUGAAAAUGCGCCUUCGCGCUUUGUGAUGCCAUCAGUGUGGUGACGUUUUCAGGACUAAGGACCUGUCCGAGUGACGACGGGUCGAUCAUUUUCAUACAAAAGUUUAUAUUUUUUAUCGAUUGAUAUCGGUGAUAGUUUGAUUCAACUUGAAAAUGGAUUAUCAGCAGUUGGCACCGCCGGCGCCACUGCCGCCAGCAGCCACAAUGCAACUGCCGCAUGUGCACAUGCUGCAGCAGCAACAGCAACAUAUGCAACAACAAAUGCAGCAGCUAACUGCUGUUAACAACAAUCAACAUCAAAGUCUGCCUCCUGUACAUUUUAACGAAUCAGAUCCUAGAUGGAGUCAGUACCAGCAAUUUCUAAGGCAACACCACCACACAUUUGUCAACAACAAUAAUACGAUAGGAAUCGUAAACGCCCAAGCAGCAAAUGUUAACUUUAUGUCGCACGAACCGGAUUUGAAAUGGAACAGAGGUCAGUUAAUCGUAAAAUUGUUUGGAAACCAGACUGUAAUUUGCCUUCAUUAA